CUGUUCAUGAUAAUUAAACUUAGCUAGCUAACUACAGGAAGGUGUGUGUUUGCUUGUGAUGCAACGCAUCGUCCGAAUCGCCUUCUUAAGUACUACUAUAUAAGGAAGGAGAGGCCAAAGGACAAUCACCAAAGUAGACAAAACACAAAAUACUCCAAUCAAACUUUCCUUUCUUACUCUUCUUCAUCUUUAACACCCAAAAAAAAAAAAAUUUUUUUUUUUUUACAUGGAGAGUAGUCCAUAUUGUGUAGAAAAGAAGAUGAAAUUGUUCGGGUUUGAGGUUGAUCUCGAUCUUUACAAAAAUCCUGAAAACAUCAUCAAUGAACAAGAAGAAAGCACAAAUUCAUCCAAUACGGUCUCUUCUGGUUCCAAGAAAGAAAAGGUUGAUAACGAAAGGAGUUCUUCCGUAAAUAAUAAUAAUAACAACAACAACAACAACAACAAUAACAACUUUAUCGAGGUAGAUGUGGUGGGAAAGAAAUUCGAGUGUCAAUAUUGUUACAAAGAAUUCGCAAACUCACAAGCAUUAGGCGGCCAUCAAAAUGCUCAUAAAAAGGAGAGGAUGAAGAAGAAGAGGCUUCAACUACAAGCUAGAAAAGCCAGUAUUAACUUCUAUCUUCAACCUUACCAACAACAACAAUACUCGAAAAAUAAUAACAACAUUAGUGGUUAUUAUUCUUCGGGUUCUUCUUCUGGUGGCGGUGGCGGUGGCGGUGUUGGUGGUGGUGCUCUAUGGUACUUUGAUCCUUCUUAUAAUAAUUAUUAUGCACCUACAGAAAAUAAUUAUGAAGAAUCUCAGAUUAGUUUCGGUCCGUUCGAUCAUCAUCGUCGUAAUCCGACAACGACAACGGGUUUCGAGCAGUUCACGGUGACACACGGUGGUGGAAGGUGCAUUUCAGAAAGUAGUCCUACUACAAGUGUUGUCGUGAAACCUUAUCCUUUACCUGUUACGAAACAAAUAGGUUGUAAAUCUUUAGAUCUUCAAUUAGGGCUUAGUUUAGAUUCUAAUCAUGUUGUUUUUAAAAGCACUCCUAGAUAAUUAUCAUAUUAAUUCAUAUACUUAAUUCAGUUUUUUCAAAGAAUUGGUUUUUUUUUUUUUUUUUGGGAAUUCAUAUGAAUUUUUUGAAUUCUUUUUGGCAAACAUAUAAAUGAAAUUAUACUCAUAUACUCCGUAAUUAUAUUAUU